AUGGAUGGAAUUUUAGUUGACAUGACGGAUGGUUAUAAAACUUUACAUGCCUCAAUUAAGAUUGCUGUAAUCUCAUAUUCUGCAGCGAUAGCUCGCAACGCCAGGGCAGCCCUGUCAGACAUAGCAACAACUGCCACAGAUUUAGUGACAGUGGCAGCUAAUUCCAUGGCUCAAUAUGAUGCCUUUAAACAAUCUUUAGAUCACAUAUCAAGAUCUUGGAAUAAUACAGCUAACAGUAUGACAAAUUAUAUGAGUGAGGUUGAUAAGAAACUACUCGUCUUAAAUCACCUUACUUCAUCUCUUAAAUCAACCAGAGGACCUCCAUCAACAGACUCUCGAUACUCUCCAGACCCAAUAGUUGGUGCCAGUCUUGUUCUUGUAUCAGGAUCCAUAUAUAAAUCAACAAUGGGAACUCUGAACUUUGCUACUGAUGAGAGUAUUGGCUUUGUAGGUUCUAACAAUGAAGGGCAAUUACUUGGAGAAUUCAUAAAAGCACUUGGCAAGCCCAAACCUAUCGAAAAAGUGCUGAAUAAAGAUCUGAAUCUAUUAAUUAUCUAUUUAAAGAAAAACCAGGAUUUCAUUUCCAGAGGUCGCCAACUCUACCAACGAGGGAGAGUUACGAACAUGCGAAGAACGAAAGGCGCUGUUGAGAUGUCUAGCCUUCAAGAUGAAAUUCGCAAGAAGAUGUUCGUCGGCACCAACGAGGAGGAUGCACUAGCUCGCCUUAGUGAGCAACAAACGCUCAAAGCGAUUACUUUAUCGAUCACCACACGUGGGAUCGGUCUUGGGAUAUGUCACCUUACCUUCAUAUCGAUAUCAUAUCACGAGAACAUAAGGGUCCCAAGUAUCUACGCUAUGUACCGAGUUUUUCUCGGACUACUUGAGGCGAAGCUCGAAGCGAUCAAGUCUGAUCUACCAGUGAUCCCAAGAGUUACAGAUCACAUAAAACAUCCAGGAGUCACCAGUGAUAUGCUUAGGGUUGCACAAAGUGUAACAAUUGUACCUGAGCCAAUCAGGAGAAUUAUCAAUGCUAUAGGCUAUUUGAAGUAUGAAGACAAAGUGUAUGUUCCUGCCGUCGCAGCAGACCCAGUCGACCGGCACAACAUCGUUACCCCUAGACCUGAGAAUGUUCUUCUCAGUACCCUACGGAGAACCGUCGAGUUUCUAGCCAAUGCUGAAAGUUCAGCUGGUGUCAGGCGCAGAUUUCAUGAAAAUUGCGCUAUCCCAGGUGCUAUCUGGGUUAAUGAUAUUCUCCAGAAUCCUGACGAAAUUAUGCCUAGAGGAUACAAUAUGUAUGAGGACUUCCGAAGAGAGUCCAUGCUUAUAGCUCCUUUCCUUGUGUCCCUUCAGAAGCAUGUUCCGAAAUUAUCCAGAGGUCGCCAACUCUACCAACGAGGGAGAGUUACGAACAUGCGAAGAACGAAAGGCGCUGUUGAGAUGUCUAGCCUUCAAGAUGAAAUUCGCAAGAAGAUGUUCGUCGGCACCAACGAGGAGGAUGCACUAGCUCGCCUUAGUGAGCAACAAACGCUCAAAGCGAUUACUUUAUCGAUCACCACACGUGGGAUCGGUCUUGGGAUAUGUCACCUUACCUUCAUAUCGAUAUCAUAUCACGAGAACAUAAGGGUCCCAAGUAUCUACGCUAUGUACCGAGUUUUUCUCGGACUACUUGAGGCGAAGCUCGAAGCGAUCAAGUCUGAUCUACCAGUGAUCCCAAGAGUUACAGAUCACAUAAAACAUCCAGGAGUCACCAGUGAUAUGCUUAGGGUUGCACAAAGUGUAACAAUUGUACCUGAGCCAAUCAGGAGAAUUAUCAAUGCUAUAGGCUAUUUGAAGUAUGAAGACAAAGUGUAUGUUCCUGCCGUCGCAGCAGACCCAGUCGACCGGCACAACAUCGUUACCCCUAGACCUGAGAAUGUUCUUCUCAGUACCCUACGGAGAACCGUCGAGUUUCUAGCCAAUGCUGAAAGUUCAGCUGGUGUCAGGCGCAGAUUUCAUGAAAAUUGCGCUAUCCCAGGUGCUAUCUGGGUUAAUGAUAUUCUCCAGAAUCCUGACGAAAUUAUGCCUAGAGGAUACAAUAUGUAUGAGGACUUCCGAAGAGAGUCCAUGCUUAUAGCUCCUUUCCUUGUGUCCCUUCAGAAGCAUGUUCCGAAAUUAGUGGCGAAUACGGAGCCCAUCGAUCCUUCAGGAUUACUGAUACCAAAACUGUCAAAUUUAGAAAAUAAUGAGAUUGAACACUCUAAAUCAGAUUCAGAUGACUGUACAGAAAAUAAUGUCAACGUUUACGUUUCAUCAGAUCCAAGUCUGUGGAAGGUUGACGAGGACGUUAUAUCAUACUGCAUAAGAAAAGGUUCAAGUUUUUGUCGAAAUCAAGAUUUAGAUUUCAAGAAAUCAGUUCGAACUUACAAAGAGUCUAAUGGCCAAUGGUAA